UGUGGUUGUCAACGCUGCGCCUGCGAAACAUUGGCUUCACUUCUCUCUUCCAUUUCUCUUCGGUGUUUACCUCCAUUGCAGAGCUUUUAGAAUUUCAGAUUCAGAUUUUGGCUUGUGAUCAAAUACUCCAAUCCCUUGGUCUGUGGCUAGAAACCAAACUAGCCAAAACCGUGGGUGGUGUUUCUUAGAGGGUUUUCUUAGUUUCAGUUAUUUGUGUUUCUGGGUCUAAGUCAAGAAGUCGGAAAACCCAGUUGAUUCUAAUCUCUACAUGUCAAUCAAUGUCGAGCUGCGUCGUGGAUCUCCCUGAAGAUAUUAUAGUAAAGAUUCUGUGCCGUUUGCCGGUCAAGUCUUUGAUCCGGUUCACUUGUGUCUCGAAACGGUGGCGUUCUCUGAUCAUUUCUGAUCCUAAAUUUGGAAAGUCUCACUUCCAAUUUGCUUCUCAGCAGAAAACCCUCCGUAGAAAAGUCCUCCUCACCUCCUACCCUGCAGUCAUAGAGCCAGGUUCGACGCCCAAUGCUUGUUACGAUGGCAGUUGGAAGAAAUGGGCUGAGGAUAAGUUCAUCACUCUAUUUCAGUCUUUAGAUGAUAAGUUUUCAGUUAAGAAUUUCACAUUCCCAUCUGAGGAGAUUGAGGAUUUGGAAGAAAUGGGCUCCUGUAAUGGUUUGGUACUUGUUGGCCGACCCUGUCGCGAUCAUUACAAGAGCUUGUUUAUCUGGAACCCAUCUACUGGAUUCUUCCGCAAGAUACCUCAUCCAAGUUUCAGGAUGAAGUCAGGUAGAUACUUUUUGAAUUAUGGUUUUGGUCAUGUGUCCGCCAGCGACGACUACAAACUUGUCUCCGUAGUGCCUGCCCCCAAUGAUAUGCUGGAAGUCCAUAUCUUCUCUCUGAGUGCCAACAUUUGGAAAGUUAUUACAGCUCCUUACUCGUCAUACCCAUGCUGGGUCAAUAGACACGGGACUUUUUCAAAUGGAGCAAUUCACUGGGUCACUCCCUGCGGAAAUAAGACUUUGGACCCAGUUAUAUAUGCUUUUAGUUUGGCCGAGGAGGAGUUCCGGCGAGUGCCAUUGCCACCUGUUUUGUGGCAAAAUGAAGAAGACAGAAAUCCGACAAAGAUAACAACUCUGGUUCAUUUAGGAGGAUACCUUUGCAUAUGGUCUCGGAAGUGUUUUGAUACUCAGGGAGGUGAAGUUUGGGCGAUGACAGAGUAUGGGGUGCCUGAAUCUUGGGUUAAACUCUUUCAAUUUAAUAUACACGAUUUCCGCAAUGUAUUUGAUGUAGAACAGAGUCCAUGGGAUCUGUGUUUUAUUACAGAAGGCGAUACGAUGGUGUUAAGACUGAAUAAGGAGUUGUUAUGGAUUGAAUGCCGUAAUGAAGAGAAGCCAGUCUGCAGUGGAAGGUAUAGGCUUGAGAAGGUACAACCUAAGCUGUCAAACCUGGCGUUUUAUUUUCGUGCGACCAUAUAUGAUGAAACUCUAGUUUCUGUAGCUGAAUGAUUAUAGUGAAUAAUUGUGGCCUGAAGACUCUAGGCCUGAAAGCCGAAGAAGCAGAAGUGAAGAGGGAAUUGCUAUCUGCAUUCAGAUGCUGCUUGGUUUAUGUUAUAACUAUUGCAAUAACUUAAUCCUUGUGUGUUUAUUUGUAAUUGAGCGGAAACUAUAUGGAGUAUGAUCUUUCAUGUUGGAGUAUGAUCUUUGUUUGCUGUACUUCUCUGAUGCUUAGUAACCACUAUUAGAAGUGGUAGUAAGAACAUGCAGCCUCAACAAUUCCCUUGUUUCUUCGUUGUAAAUAAGAAUAUUAGCUAUGAUGAGCAUAUUGUAAUUUUACUAGCUAUGACUGGCCCUAUCAAAAAUCUCAUUGCUGCUUUGUUACUAAUAAGAAUUCGAGGCUAUUGAAGUA